AUGGCCAAUAUAGCACAACUGGGGGCAACUGCUAUGCUGGGCAUUUCCGCUUAUAUGUUCCCCAGCCAGAUAGUGAGGCUUCGCUCUCUCAUUAUGUUUGUUGUGGGCCACAUUCUAUAUCACUUUGUUAAGUCCUCCAAAAACCCUGAACUGUUAGGACAAGGUAAACUGAAGCAGAUACUAGAAGAGUGUAGCACGGUGCUGACUGACACCUACUAUCCUACACCGUGGUGUUUAGGUCCACAUCUUCACACUGUAUUCAGGGUUCUCUUUCAACACGUACCCAAACUGAGACUCGAAAGGGAGUACAUAACAACUCCUGAUGGAGGACAGUUUGCCCUAGACUGGCUCAUCAACAAAGGACCGGACGACCUGGACAAACCUAUUGUCUUGGUAGUUCCCGGCAUUACUGGCGGUUCCCAUAACAACUACGUGAGACACCUCAUGCUCAAUGGACAUUCUAACAAGUGCAGAACUUUGGUGUUCAACAACAGGGGCUGUGCUUCCUCCACCCUCCUCACUCCACGAAUGUACUCGGGCAGCAACACCGAGGACUUGAGUCUAGCAGUGCGUACUCUGACUGAGAGAUACGCUAACGCGCCUAUCAUUAUUGUAGCUGUAUCUUUAGGCGGAAUGAUCACCACCCACUACGUCACAUCGAGUGAGGCAUCCAAAUCAAAUGUUAAAGCAGCCUGUAUCGUGUCAUCACCCUGGAACUCAUUCGGAACCUACGAGAGCAUAAACAAGCCGGUCAACCAUAUUUUAUACCAACGCUAUUUACUGGCAAAGCUAAAAACCAUCGUCUCAAAUCACAAACAUUUGUACCAAAACAAACGGCUUCCGUUCAACUACCGUCACAUUAUGAAGGCUGAGACGCUGUGGGAAUGGGAUGACAGGUUCACCUCCAAAAUGUUUGGGUUCAAGGACUGGAAGGAAUAUUAUUCUGACGGGCAUUCCUUUAAAAAGUUGCCAUAUGUUGAGAUUCCCAUGCUAAUUAUAAACGCUGAAGAUGACCCGCUCUCUCCUUUGGAUUGUCAUUUUUUGCUCAACUGUGCCCCAAGUGUGUCCCAAGUGUGCUCAGCUGAAAGUGCCAACCUGCAUCUGCCCAAGUGUGCCCAUGUGUGCCCCAAGUGUGCCCCAAGUGUGCCCCAGUGUGCCCCAAGUGCCAGCCCCAAGUGUGACCCAAGUGUGCCCCAAGUGUGCCCCAAAUGUGCCCAAAAAUUUGAACUGAUAGAUGAGAACAGUAAUACUGUGGGAGCCGGAGUUUUAGGGUUACUUCUAUACAAUAACGGAACAGUGUGCGACGAUGGAUUCAGUGAUAACUCUGCUAAUGCUAUUUGUCGUGCAAUGGGAUACAGUGGUCAAAUUAGCUGGGCUAAUGGUAGACCUGAGUUGGAGUGGAUCAGCACCAAAAAGGAGUACGAAAUUAAACUGGAUGAUGUUAUAUGUUCCCAGAGUGGUGAAUGA